AUGUCCUUCCAGCUAACGCUGUUUUCCAUGCUUCUCCUACUAAUUGCCGUAGUCGUCGGGCAACCAAUUCAGUCACCAUCCGGUGAUUUGAGAGUCCAAGCCGUUCAGGACAACUCGCCGUUGAGUAUGGAGGCGUUCAACGACGAUCCGGCAGUGUACGACUACAUCGAGCAGUCGGAUCCCACUUUCAAGGUGAUGGAGAAGAAGUGGGCGAAUCAAGUGCGCUUCGGCAAGCGAGCAUCGUGGGCCAGCUCGGUUCGGUUCGGAUAA